AUGGCAUCAAUUCAAUGUCUGAAUCCCAAAGCCGAACUGGCUCGUCAUGCUGCGGCGCUUGAGAUGAACAUCAGCGGAGCUCGAGGUCUUCAGGAGGUGAUGCGCACGAACCUCGGUCCGAAAGGCACCAUGAAAAUGCUCGUUUCUGGUGCUGGUGAUAUCAAACUCACCAAGGAUGGAAACGUUCUCCUGCAUGAAAUGCAAAUUCAACACCCGACUGCUGCGAUGAUAGCGAAGGCGUCAACGGCACAAGACGAUAUCACGGGAGAUGGCACCACGUCGACGGUACUUCUUAUAGGGGAGCUUCUGAAACAGGCGGAACUCUACGUUACUGAGGGUGUUCAUCCACGUCUGAUCACUGAAGGUUUCGAGAUUGCAAACACAAACACGUUGGAAUUGCUAGAGACGUUCAAAGUGACACCAGCCAUAGACCGUGCUCUUCUCAUUGAUGUGGCAAGAACCUCACUGAAAACUAAACUCAGUGAACGUUUGGCCGAGCAUAUAACCGAAUGUGUUGUGGAUGCUGUUUUGGCGAUACGUAGAGAUAACGAAACGGCACCGGAUCUGCAUAUGAUCGAAAUACAGGAGAUGCAACACGAGAGUGAUAUGGAUACGAGCCUGAUCCGCGGUCUAGUACUCGAUCACGGCGCACGUCACCCGGAUAUGCCGAAGAGCGUGCAGAAUGCCUAUAUCCUGACGUGUAAUGUAUCGUUGGAAUACGAGAAAACAGAAGUGAACUCGGGAUUAUUCUAUAAGACUGCUGCGGAACGUGAGAAGUUGUUGGGCGCUGAGCGCGAGUUCAUUAUGCGUCGAGUGCAGAAGAUUGUCGAUCUGAAGAAGAAGGUGUGUGAUGAAGGGGACGGCAAAAAAUGCGGAUUCGUUGUUAUCAAUCAAAAGGUAUAUUUUGAGAUUUCGUUGAGUGGUUUGUCUUGUUUAUUUGUGAAAUUUUUCAUUUCUUCUAGACAACGAUUGCUUUGCGUGUUAUAUUUGUAUGAUUAUUGCAGGGAAUAG